CUAAAACCCUAAACCCUUUUUUCAAAACCUCCAAACAAAAACCCACAGUAACUCUUGAGCUCAAGUAUCCAACCAUGGCCGAUUCUGGAGCUAACCCUAAACAGAGACAACCCAAGAAGAACAAGAAGAAGAGAAAGCAGAGCGGACCCCAAGAAUCUGAAAGGCCACCCAAGACUAACCGCACCAAUUCAUCAGAGAACGAGAAUGAACCACAAGACCAAAACUUUGAAGUUGGAAAAGCUGAAAAACCCAAUCAAGGUGGUCCAUGGAGGAACCUGGAGUUGAUUCUGUCAAUCCAGAACAGAGAGCUUGAUCUUCAGAAGAUUGUUGUUGGCGGCUUAUUAGAUUAUCAGAAUGCUUCAUACUCAACUUAUUAUUAUGAGCUCUUCAGAUUGUUUGUGUCCUGUCGGAAGGCCUUAAGAUGUAUAAUUACUGCUUGUGAGGAGACAGUAGCCAGUCGAACCUCAGACACUGUACUCUUUGAGGAUUUAUUUCCAGUUUCAUGGCUUUACAAGUCAGUGCAUAUGGUUGCUGGGCUUCAAGAAUCAUUCUCAAAAGAUAUUUAUCAUCAAGUUCAUGAUAUGAUCUUGGCGUUAAUGGAUCACACAUUUUAUGUGUUUCUGACAUUAAAUAAAUAUCAAUCCAAUCAUGCUGUUCGUUUCCUUGAGGUUGCUGAGCUGAAGUUUGGAUGUGCCCAAGAACAGAGAAGUUUAUUUAAUUCGUCCAAUUAUAUUGAAGCCUGGAAAAGUGUAAACAUUGUUGCUAAGAUUUUGAAGGAACAGAUGCAGAUCUUACUUGUAAAUGUGAAGAAUGGCAUUUGUAAUGGAAAAGAGGAAGUUUCUGUUGAUGCUUUAAAUUUGAAUAGGUUUUCUUCCAUAAUUACGUGUUUUAGUGGGUUUUUGUGGGGCCUAGCAUGCGUUGUGAUCGACACAGAUGGGAGAAAUAGUGAUGAGAAAGCUAAGUUGUCAAGGUGGAAACUUGAACCAAUCUCCGAACUCAACCUCUGUAUAAAGGUUUUUGAAGAAAUUUCUAGUCUUCUACUACAGAUGUUUUUUCUUGACGAUAAUCAGCAGUCCACAACUAUAUGUCGUGCCUAUAAUCUUCAGAAGUCAGGCUACAAUUUAGAUUUGUUGGGUGCAGAGAGGAUUUUGCCGGAAGGCAAUGAUGCUGACACUGAUAUGGCAUGUGGUGGACUGCAGGAUGAAUCUGCAGUUGCAGUGACGUGCUCAGCAUCAUCUGACAUCUGUGAUGACUCUGUAAUUGGUAGUGUUCAUAGAAGAAGACCGCGCUUGAAAGAUGCAAAUAGUGUUGUUAGUGUUCUCACUGCUGUUGAUUCAUUUGAACUGCAAUCUUUAAAUAAGCCUUUGUUGAGAAGCAUGCUAAAAGGUGAUUUCCCCAACGCAGCAUUUUUACUCAGGCAGUUGUUAAUCGCCUCUUCUGCUAUUUUGAGGCUAAAUUUGCAUAUUAAGAGCGCUCCCAUGUUGUCAAGCUUAGUGCAUAAGUUUGCUGGCAUUAUGCAAGUCUUGUUAUUGGAAUCAGCGGACGCAAGUCAGGUGCCACACUUCUAUUAUUUUGUGUGUUUAGAUGGUGUUCUGAAGUAUCUGGAAGAAUUAGGGAAUCAUUUUCCUUUGACUAAUCCUACCUUAUCCAGAGAUUUGUUUGACAAGAUGGUUCAGCUACAGUUACGGGCUCUAGGGAAAUGCAUAACUUUACAAGGGAAAAGCGCAACUCUUGUAUCUCAUGAAACAAGCACCAACACACCUAUAGGAGAAAGGAGAUUUUCUGAAGCAUCAUCUUUUUCAGGCUGGGAAUAUUUAUUGGAUAAAUUCAAAGCUAGGUUGAGGUCAUCAUUCGCAGUGUUCAUAAAGAAAUCAACAGAGUUGCAUCUCCAAUCUGCAGUUCAAGCUAUCGAAAGGUUUCUUCAGUUGUUGCAUCUGGCAUUGAUUGCUUGGACUUGGUUCUGGAAUUUGUUUCAGGACGCAAUUUGAUUGUGGUUAAAAAAUACAUUCAGAGGUUAAUUGCCCGCAUGUUCAAUGUUAUUCUGCAUCUGCAGAGUCCACUAAUCUUCUAUGAGAGAUUCACUCAGAGUAAAGAUGAUAGUGAUCCAGAUCCAGGAACAGUCAUUCUUAUGUGUGUUGACGUACUGGCAAGAAUUUCUGGCAAGCAUGCAAUAUACAAAAUGGAUCUCUGGCAUGUAGCACACUCGUUACGUAUACCUUCAGCACUUUUUCAAGAUUUCCAUCUGUUAAAACAUUCUAAACGUCCUGUUCCAAAUGAUUCUUCAACAAGUCCAAAUAACCAACCAUCCGACCCAGUAGCAAGUUGAAUGCGAGGUGUAUGUUGCUCUACUUCAAGCUUCUGUUCGUGUUCUUCUUUAUUGCUUGGAGACAUUGGAUGCUGUUGUGGUAGCCAGGGAAGGCUUCUUUUCAUGGGAAGUAGAAGGAGUCAAAUGUGCAUGUUCUCAGAAGGAUUUAUGAAGAGCUAAGACAUCAAAAAGAGGUCUUUGGUCCACACUGUUACCACUUUUUAGCUUAUUACAUACGGGUUUAUUCAGGAUAUGGCCCCCGCAAAACAGGCAUCAAAAGGGAAAUAGAUGAAGCUCUAAGACCAGGUGUAUAUGCGCUGAUAGAUGUUUGCUCACCUGAUGAUCUUCAACGUCUUCAUACCUCAUUUGGAGAGGGUCCUUGCAGAAACACUUUGUCAACCUUGAAGCACGAUUACGAACUCAAUUUCCAGUACCAGGGAAAAGUCUAAGCGAAGCUUAUUUCUGUGAAGAAAAAAAGAAGAAGAACAAGAACAAGAAGAGGAAGAAGAAAAGGAAGAAGAAGAGGGAAGUCGAAUAAAUUGAUCAUCCCAGGGAUUUCCAUAAGCAUAUCAAAAGAGGCAGCUAAUACAGUUUGAGAAGAAUCUUAGAACUUAGCAAAGAGCACAUCAGUUGAUAGCAGCAAAGUUUGGACGAGAACAUUGCAAUUUUUUUGUGCCGCAGCAUCGCGCGGCUGGGUUUUCUAGUUACCUAGCUAUAUACUAAUGAUGGUUACUGUUCCUAAGGCACUGUUCAUAAGCAUAUGAACAGUGACGGCUCCAGCCGAGCCGGUCAUGGAUGAAAAGUCUCUGUUACCCGACACCUGUCUACCGUCCCAAAACUCCCGCGUCUUUCUUCUUGACACCUGGUCUGCUGCUCAGUCCUAUCAUGUCUUCGCUACUUCACUGCACAGAGAGGUGGAGAAAGAGAGAGAAAUAGCGAAGAAGGUGGUACUGUUUGUUGGCAUCUAUGAUUCGGAUUCGAUCUUCCCUGUGUAAAUCUGGAAGUCUCUAUCUACACGGAGAGAGGCGUCUAUCUACAGUAAUAUUUGCUGAGCCAGAUUAUCGGGUUUACUGAUCGAUCAAAGCUGGAUAGAGUUUGGGUUCUUCUUGAUUCAUCGAACAGAAAGCGGACUGUUCAGCGAAAGAGCCUGGUUUCAAUCCCAGUGGCUGCUCUUGACCUUGAUAAUGAAGAAACUACAAAAGAAGAGAGUGAGAAAGAGAAGUUAGAGCCUGAAAUUGUUGUUGUGAAUGAAGAAAAGAAAACAUGAGAAGAUGAGAAGAAGGGUGAGAGGUCUGGUGCUUCGUGCUCAAGCUUGAAUUUUCCUUGCAUGGAUAAGCUCAGGAAUGAGCUUUCGCUUUCUUGAGAGUACUUUCCAAAGAGGCCUUGGCAAAGAAACAAUCCACCAAAACUAGAGAGGCCGUUGAAUUAUUGUCAACAGGAAAGAGCUAUAUUGGUGCAGCUAAUGAAAGACUAGACAAUGUGUUCGGCAAUCUCACCAAUCAGCGAGGAAUGGUUCUUCCUUUUGAACCGCUCUCAGCUACAUCUGAUAAAAUCAGAUAUGCUGUUGACAUGCCACAGUUCAGACCAUACGAUAGAGGUUCCAGGGACCAUAGUCCAGAUGAAGCAAAGGGAAAGCUUCAGGAGACAACUAUUCAUUUGAGGAUUGAAAAUCAGGGAGAUAAAAUGAACUGUGAAAAUGGCGCAACUGAAGGCACAUAUCUAGCAGAAAAGUUUUGUUAGAAGCUGACAUUUUUUCGUGCUGUCCGAGUCUUGGUCUCUCUGUAUCCAGCAUAUACCAAUUUCCUUUGAAGAAAAAGAAGAAAUACACAUUGCAGCCUGGUUUUGGUUUCAGUGGGGAUCCCAUCAUUACAACUCAUGCAAGCAAGUUAAUGCUGUUGAAAUCAACUUCACACCAUCUAGAAUAUUACAUACUAGCAAGAAGUUGCAGUUUGUCUCCUUCCUCAUCAAAAGUUAAGUUGAAGGCAUAUGCUGAUCGAGCUUCAUGAGGAAGGAGUCGUCGAACAGACAUGCCAUAAUUAAAAGCAACUUCUUCAAAUGCAAGGAAUGUUAUAAAAAAAAAGAUGAAGCAAUGAGAAGCAGUUCAAGCAACUAAUGUGAGGCUGUGGUGGAUUGGUAUAACGAACCUCGCCGGAGUUGGAGAUCGUGGAGAGAGAGAGAGAGAGAAGAAUCAAAUAUUAGGUUUUGCGCUGAAGGAAAGAAGAAGUGGAAAAGUUGAGGCAUCUGAUUAAUAAGGGGAAGAAGGUAGAUAAGAUAACUCGGAGAAAAGGAAGAGGGGGACGGGAAGCUGUCACGGUUUCGUUUUGAUUUUGCACAACAAUUGUUAUAGAGUCUCUAUUACUAUUGAAGAUGCCAAUGAUCAAGCCACAGUUAUAUUGAUGGGAAAGCAAGCGCAGAACAACUAUUCAGAAGCAGCUGUCAAGACUUGGUCAACAAAAGAUCAUAUCCAACAAGUGAACUCAUAGUCAAAGGUAUCUUCCCAGACGUACAACCCUUUGGACCGCCACUGCAAAAAGAGCCAACCACUGCAACACCAAACCAUAUCCUGUUUCCGAUAGAAAAAGAGCCAUUCAAACAAGCAGAAGAGAAUUAUAUAUUCACCUCUGAAUCGAACAAAAAAGCCAAGAGUGGCAGGCAAAGUAAACAUGGAACGGCAACAUCAUCAUUAGGAACUAAAGCACAGCCUCGCAAGCAGAAAAAUGACUAAACAUAAAUAACCAUGUUGUACAGCUAUAACUAGAACAACCAAUGCUUUGAACGGGCUCCAACAACAACUCCAGCAUUUUGCGUAACUUUUGCUAACCAACUCCAGCAUUUUGCGCAGCUGAAACUGAAGCAGUCAACUGGAGCAUUUUGUACAGCCACAACUGGAACCAUCACUUUUUUGAACAAACUCCAGCAGCAGCUUUUUCUAAGUUAACUUAUAAGUUAUAACUAAACUAGCUAGCUCUUUCAAUAUUCUGAAGCUGCUACUUUUACUAUGUUAAUAGCUACAACUAAAGCAACCCACUUUUUUGUACAGCUAGCAUUUAGGUAAAAUGUAUAAAGACUCUUUUACUAUUUCAAUAAUAUGUAAUAAUUUCCUCUUUGUA